AUGUCGAUUUCAGUAGAUUUGUUGGAGGUAGUUGAAAGCCGUCUGUGCGAAAAUGGAGUUUGUCAUGUUGAAUUGCUUCCUGCGAUCAAUGACGACCAUGGAGGUGUCAUUGUGGAAAUGAAGGAACAUAUGGACUCUGACACCUUUGUUACUCGGCUCAGAGCUUCCAUGCUGAAAUGGAAGCAACAGGGUAAAAGGGGAGUCUGGAUUAAAUUGCCUAUUGGACUAGUACAUCUUGUUGAAACUGUAGUGAAGGAGGGGUUUUGGUACCACCAUGCUGAACCAAGUUACCUCAUGCUCGUUUAUUGGAUUCCAAAGACACCUAACACUAUCCCUGCAAAUGCAACACACCGAGUAGGUGUUGGUUCAAUUAUCUUGAAUGAUAAAAGAGAGGUGCUUACAGUUCAGGAAAAAAGUGGUCGAUUUCACGGAGCAGGCUUAUGGAAAAUUCCUACUGGAGUUGUUGAUGAGGGUGAGGACAUAUUUACGGCUGCUGUAAGAGAAGUAAAAGAAGAGACAGGAGUUGACACAGAGUUUGUGGAGGUCCUCGGAUUCAGACAAUCACACAAGACAUUCUUCGGCAAGUCAGAUCUACUUUUCUUAUGCAUGUUGCGUCCACUAUCGUUUGACAUCGAGACACAAGAGCUGGAAAUUGAAGCAGCCCAGUGGAUGCCAUUUGAAGAAUAUGCAGCCCAACCUUCCGGCCAGAAGAAUGAGCUUUUCAGAUACGUAAAUCAAGUAUGCUUAGCAAAGUUAGGCAGAGGCUAUGGUGGGUUUUCUCCACAGCCUACCAUAUCAAUGUUCUGUGACUGCGCCCAACCAACCUACCUUUAUUUGAACAACAAGGAUCUGGACAAGUCUAGGUCUGCUGGCAACCCAUGAAAGCAAAACUGGGUUGAUACGAUGAAGAGAAACUACAUCAGUGGCAGAAAGGUCUUAGUCAUCUCAUAUAUAAUUUGGUUUACAGAAUACAGAUCAUAUGUCUGAUAAAUGCGGACAAUGAAUGGGAACACCAAUCUGAAUAGGCUCAAUUUAGAUAAUAGCUUUGCUACAAGAAAUAAUACCCCGAGGUAAUUUUAGCAUCUUUUUCCCUUUGGGAUCAAAAUCUUCUUAUGUUUUUGAUUUGUUGCAACAAUAUAUUGUAUUACCAUAUAUCGUCAAUAUAUGUUGACUUGAAUGGCAGAAUUGCCUUUUUAUAUGAUUAGCCUGCUUGUUACAUA